ACAGAGGGCACAGGCCCGGAAAGGAGGAGCCAUUGGGAUUAUAAAUUCCGAAAAGACCGCUCAACUCUCAGAGCUGGAGACCUGGGAAUCUGCUGUCAACUGCUGGGGCUGUGGACAUUCUCAGGACCCUCACCAUGAAACACCUCCUGCUGCUCACCCUGUCUGCCCUACUCUACUGCUGGGUCUCAGCUGAUACUCGAUGUCACUCCUGCUACAAAGUCCCUGUGCUGGGCUGUGUGGAUCGCCAAUCCUGCCGCCUGGAGCCAGGCCACAAAUGCCUGACGACAAACGUGUACCUUGGGAAGAUGUGGGUUUUCUCUAACCUGCGCUGCGGCACACCAGAAGAGCCUUGUCGGGAGGUCUUCAAUGAAACCAACCAUAAGCUGGGCCUGAACUACAACACCACCUGCUGUGACAAGGAUAACUGUAACAGCCCAGCUCCACGGCCCACACCCGCACUGGCCCUCAUCUCCCUCACCUCCUUGGCUGGCCUCGGCCUCUGGUUAUUGCAUUGAGACUAGCUCCAUGGCUACAAUCUUAUCACCUGCUAUAGCCUGAGCCUUUCUCCCUGUGUCCUCAGAGCUCUAGCUUUCCAGAAUCUUCUCUCCUCCCACCCCCUGCUUCUGAAGAUCAUGCCCCUAGUCCUAUACCAUUUAUUUCAUGGGACUGUACCUGGAGUGGCCUUUCUAGCCACCGCUCCUCUCCCUCACUUGUCAUCUUCCACUCCAUUACACACACACACACACACACACACACCCAGUCCUUUCCCAUUUCCUUCUAGAACACUCUACCUCCUCCAUUGGCCACUGAAAGGCUCCCUCCUUGGACGCACACUGCUGUGCCUCUGGGAUCUAAGUCUGGAAGAACUCCUGUCUUGUCUCCAGGGAGUGAUUCCAAAAGGCGCUGACCUCAUUGCAUGGGCCUGGUUUACCAGACCCUCUGCUU